ACAUAAAACCGGUUCAGUUGUAACCGUGGCGCGAUAAGCAGCGCAGCGCUCUUUCUUUUUCUCUUUUUUACACUACUUUUGCAGGAGCAGAGGCGUUAUAGGAAAGCAGUCGGCAUCAUCAGCUGUUCGAGGCUGGACUCUCAUUGCUGGAAGUCGGAGCUGAAGGAGUCACAUGACAGAACUGGAGGCAGAGAGCUAGAGAGGGGAAAAAGGCACAGCAUUCCGCCUCGCACCGCCAUACUGUAGCCUCUUUUGAGCCAUUUCACAUUUUUAUUGCAACAUUUUACUCCCGCUCGGCUUCAAGUUUUCAGCAUGCAGUGAUUCAGAUCGAGAGGGUAAAAAAAGAAAAGGAAAAAAAAAAGAAACGGGUGCGUUUAUCUGUCUCUGAGAAAGCCUCUCACUUUGCUUGCAGUUUUGCAGAAAUCCUGCGCAUUUACUGGAGGGCAACCGGAGGAGAAUGACUGGUAAAACCCAGACCAGCAACGUGACCAAUAAGAAUGAUCCACGUUCCCUCAACUCCAGAGUUUUCAUCGGGAACCUCAACACAGCCAUCGUUAAGAAGACCGACAUAGAGGUCAUCUUCGCCAAGUACGGCAAGAUAGUGGGUUGCUCUGUGCAUAAAGGUUAUGCAUUUGUACAGUACUUGAAUGAAAGGAACGCCCGGGCAGCUGUUGCAGGAGAAAACGCUCGCAUCAUUGCAGGACAACCUCUAGAUAUAAACAUGGCAGGUGAGCCCAAGCCAUACCGGCCUAAAGGUGCCUCCAAACGGCCACUCUCAGCUGUUUACAGUGGUUAUGAAUUUGAUUACGAAUACUACAGGGAUGAUUUCUACAGCAGGCUUUUUGAUUACCACGGCAGAGUGGCCCCCCCACCCAGAGCUGUGAUCCCCCUGAAGCGCUCCAGGGUGCUCGCUCCUUCCUCUCGCCGUGGGAAAACUUCCUUCCCUGUCAAAACAUCCUCCUCCUCCUCCUCUUCAUCCUCCAGACCUCCGACAUCGUCCUCUUCCACCUCAGGUGUCAAAUUGAAGACGGACCAGCUCCAGACGAUUAAACGAGAACUGACCCAGAUAAAAAUGAAGAUCGACUCUUUACUGGGACGUCUGGAAAAGAUCGAGAAGCAGCAGAGGACCGAAUCUGAGGCUCAACGAAAAUACGAUGACAACUGUGACUCCCUGCAUGAGGGGUCUGUGUCAGAGACUGCAGAAAACUCUGGAGAGGAGGCAGGCGAGGGAGGGCUAGACGUGGAGGCAGGCGAGAUGACCGAUGGAGGCGAGGAUGACUAUGACGAGGAGGGCAACCACCAUCUGAUAGAGAACCACGUAUCUGACAUUGACAACUGAGAUAAGGUCGAGGAAGCAAGCUCUCCCGGUUGUAGGUUUUAGAUUUCAUCAUCACCUGUGAGAGGCAGAAGAGGAAACCUGUGAGGGAUGAGGGUGGGGGACUGUAAGUUGUACUUUGAAGAUGCCAAGUCGUGUUUUGAUGCUCAGCUAUGCGGCAUGAACCAAAUGUGAUGUGUUCUUUAAGGAAAAAUUAUCCCAGACCCUGUUUUAACAUCAGAGUUAAGCUGCUUUUAUCAAACGGCAAGGAGGGAACAGGAAGAUUUAUAUAUAAUUAUUGAUGCUUUUAUGAACUGUGCUUGCGCUCUAAUUCUACAAAUUUUUCUUUAAAUGUUUUUAUUUCUUAAAAAUGAAAUAAAUAACUUAAGGACAAUCUCUUGCCGCAAAGUGGUGUUAACAAAAUAAACGAAACACCACUACCGUCUGAUUAUGGAUUUGGACUCAUACAUACGCCAAUAGCUGUGUGCAUAACAUUAUCCAGCUUUAUCCAUUUAUCACAAAAAUGUCCCUGUGGGGCUGUUCCAUCUUGUAUCUCCACUCCUGCCAAGUUUCAGAAGCAGCGAGGGCUUCCUGUGGUGGAGCGAGCCAACCCUGGCAGCGACCUCCUGACAGGGAAGCAGGGCCAUGUCUCCUCCCUGCUCAGCACUGUGCAUCCUAACAUGGACUGCUGCUGUUCUCCUGCACCAUCUCUUUCAUUCGGCACUGUUUUAUAGCAUUCCAUUCAAAGGAGAGAGAGCAAGGCAGGAGUUUUCAAAAGGAUGGAGGGGGGGUUUUUUUCUGUUUUUUUUUUUUUCACUUUUUCGAACCACAAAUUUUAAUGUAUGUUAUUGGGAUUUCAUUUACUAAAACACAAAGCACUGCUAUAUUGUAUAAAGGAAAUGCUAAUCUCAUAACCCAUAAAUAAAAAUAAGUACAUAAGUAAAUAAAAAAAUAAAAAAGUAUAUCUUACAGAGCAUUGUUCAGCUCAUCAUCUGAAAAGGAGUAUGACACAACUGACACGCUACAAAGGUUGACAAACACAUUGGAGUCUCAGGUGGACAGAAUGGCUAUUAAGUGUUCUAUCCACAAAACUGUCUGUUUUUAGAGUGGGUUUUCUUCAUCAUGGAAGGCAAACCAGAUAAAAAUUGAUAGGAAAAUGGAGGUAGCUUAAUGGAGCAUAUUCCUGGAAGAAAAUCUGUAAGAGUUUGGCUACAUUAGAAUAGUUUACUUCAGAGAACAGAGGUUCUCCAUCCAAAGGGGUAAAGCCUGACAUUUGAUUAAGAUAUUACUACAUAAAGGUAGUUAUGCAAAAUAUUGACUUAGGGAGGCCAUAAAAAACAUUAUUUUGGAAAAUAUCAAAAAUAAUUUAUCUUCAAAUUUGCUUUUGGUAAAAAUUUCAUGAUGGUUUAACAAAUACAAGUCCAAGUAAGACACAUUUGGAUGUAAUCUGACAAAAAAAAGGUAUACACAAGAAUGCCAAACAUACUCAAAUAUUUGAAAUCACCUAUUUUGUAUAUUUAGAAUUUCUCUGAUUAAAAUCAGACUUUAUUUUCCCUGAGUGGUUUCCUUGCAAUUUAAUUUUAGGAUUGAAAAAGUGAAGAGAACACAGGGUUUGGAAAUCAUGCAAAUAAAUGUUUUAAAUGAAUUUGGUCCAGAAUCCUACUGAUUCAAAUGCUUUUAUGCAGUAAAGUCAUAAAUGCAUCCACUUAGAUCCAAUGUAGUAAACACAGUCAAAUUCAGUUAAUCAUAGGUUGCCAAUUAGUAAAAAAUCUUUGCAGGGACUUUUACUGUUCCUCAUUCUAACCAACAAUGAGGAAACAACUCAACUCAAAGUCUGAACGUCUUUUCCAAUUAUUAUCCUUUUAAAGAGUUAACAUUGACAACAUCAUCAUCAUAAGGUUAAUAUUACAAGUUAAAAACCAAAAUCCCAUAAAACUGUUUUUAAUUCUGUUGUUAGACCUUAAGAUUGUUCAUUGAGAUUGACAAUUGCUUGUUCCAGUGAGUUUGUCUUGUAUCAAAGUUGCAUAAAACUUACACAUACACAUCUUUCUAGUAAUUGCAGGUAUAUUUGCUGAUCUUAUUUUGCCAGUGAGAUAGAAAACCAUUGAAAGUUUCAGAAGUGUAAUUCAAAAGCAAAACUCGCUCUUUGUAAAGAGUCAUUAGACAAUGCAUUAGAUUUGUUUUAUGGGGUAGGGUUUACAGCAAAUAAACAUCCACAACUUAGUUUUUAAUUAUUAUUAUUAUUAUUAUAUUUAAUUCUUCAUAAAAAUAAGACACAGUAAUGUCCCCCUGAUAGGCUUUAUGUCCAUGUGCUCAACAGUACAGAUAGAGGUGCAACAGAAAAGAAUUCUAUACCUAAUACCGGCAUGCAGGACAAACACCAGCCUGAGCCUAGGCUUCACUUCAAAAUCUUCCUAAGGCUGUUUUAUCCCCCUUUACUGACAAUUUGUAUCCCUUACACAUGAAAUCUUCAGUUUCUUUCAAAAUUAAGUUUUGUGGCUCAUCCUUCUAGGAGGGUGUACAUAGAUUUUUUUUUUUUAUUAUUUAGUCAGAUGGACAUAAAAAAAUUCUCUGAACCUUAUUUUUGGGUCAUUCAUUAGCUGCAAUACAGUUGUAAAAAUACAUGCUUACUUAGCAUGUGUCAGACUAUCUAUUGUGAAUGAAUAAGAAACCCAAUUUUCACAUUUUGAAAUAAAUCAAUAAAAGAAUCUACAUUUUUGGAUGACAUUUUAAUAUAUUCUGAACUAGCCUUACUUUUUAAAUCUGGAUAAAUGACUUUUUAAAAACCCUGAAGCAAGAUAUGAAGACUGGCUGAUUUUGCUCAUUAACAUAUACGCACCCCCAGUCCUGGUAGUGCUGCCAAAAAAAUGCCUAAAAUAUAACAGACUGCCUUGAACUAUUCAAAGUCAGUGUCUGGUUAAUAAUGAUAAAAGUGCAAUGUUCUGCACUAUUUUUGUAUCCAAAACAAGUUCAAAGAGAAUAAACAUUUGGUUCGUAAACCUUUUUUUUAUUCAUCUAUGUUUUAUCAUCAAACAGUGGUGGUGUGUCAUAUCUUUGGCAAAUAAAAAUAAUAAAACCCCCCAGAAAAUAACACCGGAUGAUUGCUUCAUAUGUCAGUUAUCUGAAUCACUUUGGAAAAUUUCUGGCUCAACAUGUUUAUAUUUGCUGUAAUUAAUCUGUUGUUAAUCAUUAUUUCAACUGCUGACAUCUUAAAGCGAAGUCACACUGUCCUGACAGUUUGUUGAAAACUGGUUUGCACCAGUAUUGUGGGACCUGUAGAGAUGUGUAAGUGACAACUGUUGUAUAGAAAUGUACAUUUUUUUGUAAAGAUAUUUUUAUCAAAUGGCAUGUUUCCUGUAACUUUGUAUUUUCAGUUUUCAUGUACAAAAAAAAAGAGGAAGGCGUAUUCUAACUGUUGUAAGGCUGCUGGAGUCAAUGUCAUUGUAGAUAACUUUGUGUUCUUAUUGGUGAAUAAAAAUAUUGUG